GAUUAUUAAGCAUUAUUGUGAUUCACAUGUAUGCAUCCGCUUUUGUUUCUGGAGAAGAUUUUCCAAGGAAAUAUUUACAAAUUCGCAAGUCAAUUUUAUGUUUUUUAUUUAAAGAAAUAUUGUUGUAACUACAUUUUACUUGGUAGCAGACGUAGAUACUUCCUUGGAUACAUCUUUACCCUUUUGAUCAUCAUUUGGGACUUGCAUGCUUGCUGUGAUUUUAUUCCACUGUGAAGAUGUAAUCUGUGUUUAAGUAGUGUUUAACCUUCUGGGGCUCUUAUUUUUCUAGUUGUAGAACAUGUUGAGGUUAUUCAGUAAAAAAAAAAAAAGUCAGCACCAUAUUUCCUGUUUUAACUUAAUGAAGUUGUCCACCAGAAAGGACUUUGAAAAUUGUGAAUGCUGAAUAUAAUAUUAAAAAGAUGACCAUGUGGUAACGUUGACUCAUCUUUAGCAUUAUCGCUUGCUUUUUUUGAAGGGCAGAGGCCCACAUUCCACAACAUGCAAGAUUGCAAUAUAUUUCCAACUACAUAAACUGAUAAAAAUAUAAUGAUGCUCAGCAGUGGGUCCGUUUUAAAGUCCAAAAUUCAAUAUGUUUGUAGUACAGUUGCAUUAUUUAUAUGCUGAUAAUACAACUUGCAGAAUGGUUAAACAUGUUUGAAAAGCUCAAUUAUUGCCACAAUUAUUUUGCUGACUUUAGUAGUUAAGGUGGUUCAUUUGUGAAAACAGAUAAGACUAAUACUAUUUAAAUACGGCAUUGAUUUAGUCGCUUUGAGAGAUCUUUGGCUUAACAACUGUGUUUGUAAUUUGAUUUGUUUUGAGUUUACAUACUAUUUGAAUGAAGUGGGUGGGGUUAAUGGCUUAAUGCUAUAUAUGUUUGCAACCCCUGAAUAAAGUAAUUCUACUUUCUGCAAACAAAGUUGUGGAAGAUGACAGCAGCUUCGUAUGGCUUUUUUCUUCUUCGGUUGUGGACAGUCUUGUCUUCCAUGGUAACUACCUCCAUUGCUCGGGACAUUAUUACUGCGACCGAAUCUCUCCGUGAUGGGGAGACAUUAGUUUCUGCAAGUGGGAACUUUGAGCUAGGAUUCUUCAGUCCUGGUAGCAGCACAAGAAGAUAUGUAGGAAUCUGGUUUAAGAAAAUCCCAGUUCAGACUGUUGUAUGGGUUGCUAAUCGAAACUCUCCAAUUUAUGAUUCUUCUGGUGUUCUUCAAUUCAACAAUAAUUCUGUUCUGGCUCUUGUCAAUGGCACGGGAGUAUUUGUAUGGUCUACCAACUCGUCAAGAUCAGUACCGAAUCCAGUCGCACAGCUUUUGGAUUCAGGAAACCUUGUUAUCAGAAAUGGUAAAGAUGAUACUGUCUUGUGGCAGAGUUUUGAUUAUCCAUGUGAUUCCCAGCUACCAGGAAUGAAGUUGGGAAGAGAUAUUGUUUCUGGGUUUGAUCGGUUCCUUACUUCUUGGAAAAGCAGUGAUGAUCCUUCCAUGGGUAGCUAUACAUAUCGGAUUGACCCCCGAGGAUACCCACAACCGUUCCUUAUGAAAGAUGAUGUUGUGCAGUUUCGUGAUGGGCCAUGGAAUGGUGUAUGGUUUUCUGGUACUGCAAGGUUACCAACUGAUUCUACUCAGGAAUACAAGUUUGUUUACAAUAAUAAGGAGAUUUCAUAUGUCUAUGAGCUUAUCAACAUCUCAGUCAUCACUAACAGAAUUGUGAAUCCCUAUGGAAACAUACAACGUCAAGAAUGGAAUAAUCAUACGCAAGGUUGGGCAACAUUCUAUUCCAAACCAAUUGAUAACUGUGACACUUAUGGGGUAUGUGGUGUAUUCAGCAGUUGUAACCUUGUAAAGAAUCCUCAAUGUCAAUGCAUGAAAGGAUUUGUUCCAAACUCUUCCACGGAUUGGAAUGCAGGGGAUUGGAUUGGUGGGUGCGUUCGUAGUGCUCCAUUGAACUGCAGUGUCAAAGAUGGGUUUAUCAAGUAUGCCAAUGUUAAGUUGCCUGACACAAGAUAUUCCUGGUAUAACAUCACGAUGACACUUGAUGAAUGCAGGACCAAAUGCUUGCAUAACUGUUCUUGCGUGGCUUAUGCUAAUUCAAAUGUAACCCAUGGCGGAAGUGGCUGUUUGUUGUGGAUUGAUUCCGUGAUUGAUGUCAAAGUUAUUGCUGGUUCUGGACAAGAUCUCUAUGUCAAGGUGCCUGCUUCCGAGUUGGGAGGUGAUGGAAAAAAACGAGUAUGGAUUGCUAUAGGUUCCACUUUAUCUGCUGUUAUGUUUCUCUGUGUAGUUGCAAUUUUUAUUGCAUGGAGGAGAAGGCGGAAGAGAGAAGUUCACAAAAAUAACAACAAUGAAGGAGAAUCUGACCUGCCAAUAUAUGCUUUUGAUGUGAUUGCUCAAGCUACAAACUAUUUUUCCUUGUCUAACAAACUUGGAGAGGGUGGCUUUGGACCGGUAUACAAGGGAGUGUUGAGUGAUGGACAAGAAGUAGCUGUGAAAAGGCUCUCUAAGGAUUCAAGACAAGGACUAGACGAAUUCAAGAAUGAGGUCAUAUUCAUUGCAAAGCUUCAGCAUCGGAACCUGGUGAAGCUUAUGGGAUGUUGCAUUGAAGCAGAAGAGCGGUUGCUCAUCUAUGAGUAUAUGCCCAAGAAAAGCUUGGACAACUAUCUAUUUGAUCCAAGAAGCAUUGACUUACUAGACUGGCCAAAGCGCUUAGAGAUCAUCAUGGGAAUAGCUCGUGGACUUCUAUAUCUUCAUCAAGAUUCGAGACUGAGGAUUGUUCACCGAGACCUCAAAGCGAGCAAUAUUCUACUAGAUUUUCAUAUGAAUCCGAAAAUUUCUGAUUUUGGCUUGGCCAGAUCUUUCAAUGGAAAUGAAGACGAGGGGCAGACAAAGCGAGUAGUUGGAACAUAUGGCUACAUGUCUCCAGAGUACACUAUCGAUGGACUCUUUUCAGUGAAGUCUGAUGUCUUCAGCUUCGGAGUAUUACUACUUGAGAUAGUGAGCGGCAAGAAAAAUAGAGGAUUCAAUCAUCCAGACCAUCACCACACCCUUCUUGGACAUGCAUGGAUGCUUUUUAAAGAAGGUGUGGCUUUGGAUGUAGUAGAUCCUUUGAUCAGGAACUCCAGUUAUUUAUCCGAAAUGCAGAGAUCAAUUCACAUUGGGUUGUUAUGUGCUCAGCAACAUCCAGAAGAUAGGCCAAGCAUGUCACUCGUUACUGUCAUGCUAAGCAGUGACUCUGAAUUACCUCAACCUAAAGAGCCCGGCUUCUAUGUGGAAAGGUAUUUGCCACAAGAAUCAGUUUCGGGUAACACCCAAUCUAGCUCCAAUAGUGAUUCUGUAACGUUGUUAGUUGGCCGGUAAAUAGAGUUUCAGCUUGGCUUCAAACAAGUAUCCACAGAAACUACUAAGAUUGCAGCAGCUGAAGAAUGCUGCGUACAACAAGUCACCCUAGGUGGGAACCUUAUUGGGGAUUGUCACAUUGUUACUACUUGUGGAGGUCGAGACACGAUAAGUGUAACUCAAUCAGUUGGAGAAGGGGAGAGCUUGGUGUCUUCUGGUGGAGAC